AUGGACAAGUUCUCGUCGUUUGGAAAGAACAUAAGUUCUGCCUUCAAUACUACCGUCUCUCCCUUCGUCCAGCGAAGCCAGCAGCAGCUCAAGGAACAGUUUGGAUCUGCAGAGGACAAGACCCAACUUCCUGUGGACUACAUUGAGCUGGAGAAGCGUGUCGACGCACUGAAGCAGGUUCACCAGAAGCUAUUGACCGUCACCAAUCAAUAUCAGAAUGAGGCAUACGACUAUCCCCCAAACAUUCGCGAAUCCUUUACCGAUCUUGGUCGUAGUAUUUCUGAGAAAGUAACUCUUCUAUCCCAUGCCUCAAGCCCGGCCGAAGCUCAAGCUGCAAUUACUGCUCCUCCCUCCGCAAAGCCCCAACCUAAGACGUUCAACCAUGCCAUUGCGCGCGCUUCUUUGGCCAGUUCACAACUUCUACAACAAACAAACCAUUCUGGCAGCGAGGAUCCACUAGCCACAGCAUUGGAGAAAUAUGCCCUGGCAGAAGAGAAGGUUGGAGAGGCACGACUGGCACAAGACCAUGCCAUUCAGUCGCGCUUCCUCGCAGGCUGGAAUACAACGCUGAAUACCAAUAUCCAAUUUGCAACCAAGGCUAGAAAAGCCGUGGAGAAUAGCCGCCUCUUGUUGGACAGCACCAAGGCAUCAAAGAAGAGCCAAGUGAUAGGCAGGGGUAUGAACCCGGAUGACGAAACAGCACUGAGUGAAGAGGCACGCGCCGAGAUUGAAGCUAAGGAAGACGACUUCGUCUCACAAGUUGAAGAGGCACAAGGCGUCAUGAAAAACGUCCUGGAUACCCCCGAGCCUCUUCGUAACCUUGCCGACUUGAUUGCAGCGCAGUUGGAAUACCACAAGAGAGCUUAUGAGAUUUUGUCCGAGCUUGCGCCAGAGAUUGAUCAACUCCAAGUCGAACAGGAGAGCAACUACCGCAAGAGCAGAGAAGGUGCUUGA